AUGGCUCUCCCGACACCUUCGGACGGCACCCUCACCGCGGAAGCCCGAGGACGAGGACGGCGGAGGAGACUCGUCUGGACCCCGAGCCAAAGCGAGGCCCUGCGAGCCUGCUUUGAGCGGAACCCGUACCCGGGCAUCGCCACCAGAGAACGGCUGGCCCAGGCCAUCGGCGUUCCGGAGCCCAGGGUCCAGAUCUGGUUUCAGAACGAGAGGUCACGCCAGCUGAGGCAGCACCGGCGGGAAUCUCGGCCCUGGCCGGGGAGACGCGGCCCGCCAGAAGGCAGGCGAAAGCGGACCUCCGUCGCCCCAUCCCAGACCGCCCUGCUGCUCCGAGCCUUUGAGAAGGAUCGCUUUCCAGACAUCGCCACCAGGGAACGACUGGCCAGAGAGACGGGCCUCCCGGAGUCCAGGAUUCACGUCUGGUUUCAGAACCGAAGGGCCAGGCACCCGGGACAGGGUGGCAGGGCACCGGCGCACGCAGGCGGCCCGUGCAACGCGGCCCCCGGCCGGUGUCACCCUGCUCCCUGGUCGGUCGCCCCGGCAGGCGGGGAUUCUGCCUACGCCGCCCUGGCUCCCCCGGAAGGGGCGCUCUCCCACCCUCAGACGCCUCGGUGGCCUCCGCAACCCCCGAGCAAAGGCCCGGGGGACCGGGACCCGCAGCGCGACGGCCUGCCGGGCCCCUGCGCGGUGGGACAGCCGGGGCCCGCUCAAGCUGGGCCACAGGGCCAAGGUGUGCUUGCGCCACCCACGUCCCAGGGCAGUCCGUGGUGGGGCUGGGGCCAGGGGCCCCAGGUCGCCCGGGCGGCGUGGGCACCCCAAGCCGGCGCCGCUCCCCCUCCCCAGCCCGCGCCCCCGGAGGGCUCCGCGCGGCAGGAGCAGAUGCAAGCCGUCCGGGCGCCCUCCCCACCGCCCCAGGAGCCCGGGCGCUGGUCUGCACUCCCCACCGGCCUGCUGCUGGAUGAGCUCCUGGCGUGCCCAGAGUUUCUGCAGCAGGCGCACCCUUUCCUAGAAACCGAGGCCCCGGGGGAGCUGCAGGACUCGGAAGAGCCCGCCUGGCUGGAACCACCCCUCAGCGAGGAAGAAUACCGGGCUCUCCUGGAGGAGCUUUAGGACGCGGGCUGGGGACGGGGUCGGGGCAGGGCGGUGGCCUCUCUUUCGCGGGGAACCCCUGGCUGGGCACGGAGGGGCGUGU